ACCGGGAGCUCCUCAUCCCUCUGCUCACGUUUUUUUCUGGUCCAAGCAUCCCUGAGGAGAAGCUGGGAGAGGGGCGGUGCAGUGCUGGCCCCUGGGGGUCGUUCCUCCUCUGGAUUUCGUCCUCCCAGCCCCGUUCUGGCACGGUGCUGCCCGGCACACGUGGCCCCGCUGGCUCCGUGCCACCGGCGUGCCCGGCUCCAUCCCGGCUGCCUCCGUUUGGGAUGACGUAACCCCGGCCACGGUUGCCUCAGAAGGAUCCGGGCUCAUCGAGCCCAUCCCCCGGCCUCACCUGUCCGGUGGGACAAGGUCCGGUGCGGAUCCUCCCCCUGCCCGCCCCAUCUCCGCUCCGCUGGGAUUUUGGGAAGGGCCGGAUGGCGAUAACAGCGACCCGACCCGCGAGGUGCCGGGCAGGGGAGGUGGCUGAGGAUGCGAGGAUGGGAAAUCCGUGUUUGGGGUGCUGCCUGCAGCGCUCUCGCCUCGCACAUCAUCCCCUCUCCAUCACCCCGAGGGAGAUUCCCCGAGCCGCGCGAUCCGUGGGGAAAACCGCAGCACCGCCGGCAGCAGCACGUCCAGCCUUCGCAGAAGAUUCGGGAGCAAACCCUGCCCCGAGGCCGCCGGAUUUCUGCGGGAUGCUGAGGGGAGCGAUGCCGAGCGCGCCGCGGGCCGCCCUCACCUGCCUGCAGCUCCUGCUGCUCCUCUCGGCCGUGGAUUCCCGGCCCCACGCGUGGGACCAGGACAGGUUCCAGCUGGAAGCCGUCAAAAAGGAGAUCCUGGAGCGGCUGGGAAUGCAGGCUCCCCCCGCCACCCGGGGCCAGCUGGACCAGGAGAGCAUCCAGAGAGCGCAGCGGCUCUACCGGCGGAAAGUGGCGGAGCUGGCGGGGAACCGGAGCCGGGAGGAGGAGGAGGAGGAAGCCGUGUCCAGGCUACACCGCCUGACCCCCACCUUGCUGCCCUGGCUGGACAUCUCCGAGGGACAUCAUGACUCUCAAGGCCACCGGGACGUCCAGGGACACCGGGAGCCCCGCGGUCCCUACCGCUACCACCUCCUGCUGUCCCGCACCGCCGAUUUCCACCGGCAGCUCCGCGUGGUGCAGGCGGAGCUGAAACUCCUCAAGCAGCCGCUGUCCCCUCCCGGCGCCUCGGUGCCACCGCGGGUCACCAUCUCCACCCUGCGGGGAGAUGGGGGCACCCCCCAGCUCCUGCACAGCCAAGAGCUGCAGCGGGAUUCCCUCAGCCUGGACCUGACAGGAGCCAUCCAGCCCUGGCUGGCCGGGCCCGAGGACACGCUGCGCCUGGAGCUGGAAUUCAGCACCGACAUCUCGGCAGCCCUGGCCACCUCCGGGGGGGAAACGCUGGUGCUGGAGGUGCAAACCCUGGAGAAGCCACCUCGGGCGGCCAGGAGAGCUCGGGGGCUGGAGGAGGAGUGCGGGAAGAGCGAUGGGAAGUGCUGCCUGAAGUCGCUGAAGGUCUCCUUCCAGGACAUCGGCUGGUCGGACUGGGUGAUCGCCCCCAACAGCUACUACAUGAGGUUCUGCGAGGGGUCCUGCCCCCACAACUACAAACCGGCCAGCAUGCACGCCCAGAUCCAGUCCAGGGUGCACUCCCUGUCCAAGGCUGCCCCUCCACCCUGCUGUGUCCCUGCUGGCUACGACCCCAUGGUGCUGAUGCACCUGGACAGCCAGGGCAGGCUGGUGUCCAGCCUCUUCGAGGACAUGCUGGUCACCAGGUGCCACUGUGCCUGACAGCUCCAGCUUUGCCCAUCCAGGUGGGGCAAAGCCAUCCCGACUCCAGCAUCCCAAAAUCCAGGUCCUGUGGCACCAAGUGACUCCAGCCCUGGAUCCACCACUGAGCUCAGCCAUGGGGUCUCCAGCAUCAGCAUCCCAAAAUCCAGAUCCUGUGGCACCAAGUGACUCCACACCAGCCCUGGAUCCACCACCUAGCUCAGCCAAGGGGUCUCCAGCCCCAGCAUCCCAAAAUCCAGAUCCUGUGGCACCAAGUGACUCCACACCAGACCUGCCUCUGCUUCAGCCCUGGGGUCUCCAGCUCAGCCCCAGAACCUCCAGCUGUGACCUCUCUCCCAAAAUAACUUAUUCCCCUGUCUCCUCUCUAAUUUAAAUCCAUGUUUGAUUGAGCAGGUGGAUCCUUCCCACCCAGGAGACCCCAGAUGGGCUGGGCUGGGUCCGUGCCCAGGUGUCCAUAUCCCACUCCAAACCCUCUUCUCUGCUCAGAGACUUAUUUAUGCAACCCAGUUAUUUAUUUCUAACUUAUUGUAUUUUAUAGCUAAAUAUCCCUUUUUUGGGGGGGGGGGGAUAGGGAAGGGGUUUUGUGGUUUUCUAUUUUAUAUAUUUCUAUAAAACCAAAAGGAUGUAAUGAUAAUGAAUAAAGAGAUUGUAACAGGGA